AAGCACGUGACCAGGCAAGGCAAUUAGGGACUGUCGUCUUCGACAGCGAUUCAGCUUCCAUUGCCAAGUUCCCGAGGGGCAAGCACAGGUUGAAGGGGCGCCAUUGAGAUUGGUCGAUCGCCCGAGUACUGGCAGCUUGGUUGUCAAAAGGAUGAUGAGUGUCCUUGUCAUUCUGUAACUUACAUUUUCUCCUGAAAUUAAACAUCUUCCCACAAAGAAAUACGCCGUUCAGGAAUUGGAAAGUACAAGUUGCGGCACGCAAGAUGUCUCUCAAACAGAAGCUGCACGAUACCUGGGUGGGAGUAUACGAGUCGGUCACCCCUCCCAGGACGGUGUCUGCUUUCAGGAGCAAGGGCGUGCUGACGCCAGAAGAGUUUGUAGAGGCUGGCGACAACCUUGUGAACAAGUGCCCAACAUGGCUAUGGGAUGCGGGCGAGCCUGAAAAGCGCAAGCCGUACUUACCUCCAAACAAGCAGUUCCUUAUUACACACAACGUCCCAUGCUUCAAGCGGGUGCAUACGAUGGAAGAGGACCCUUCCACUGAGACGGAGCAGAUGAUGGGAGAGGAUGGCGAGGAGGGCUGGCUAGCCACGCACGGCGCAGCGUCAGAAACCAGACAAGACGAGGGCGAGAUCCCGUCGAUGGAGGGGCCGUCGACCGAGGCCCCGAAGGAGGAAGCCAAGGCGGGCCCGUCUCGCGGCGCUGCAGAAGCGGACGAUGAGGAUGAGGUCCCCGACAUGGACGAGUUUCAGGACGACAACAAUCUCGUUGAAGAUGAUGCGGCGACGUUUCAGAUCCCGUACUUGCGAGCCGAGGAGCCGGGCGACGAGAACAUCCUCCGGACGCGCACCUACGAUCUAAGCAUCACGUACGACAAGUACUAUCAGACGCCUCGGGUUUGGUUAUACGGAUAUGAUGAGGCGAAGCGGCCGCUCCAUCCGGAGCAGGUGUUGCAAGACGUCAGUCAAGACCACGCCAGGAAAACGGUGACGAUCGAGGACCACCCGCACCUGCACGGGAAGCACGCGUCGGUGCACCCCUGCAAGCACAGCCUCGUCAUGAAGAAAAUUCUUGACGUCAUCUGUGCCAAAGGGGCGGACCCCAGGGUGGACCAGUACCUGUUCAUCUUCCUGAAAUUCAUCGCUUCUGUGAUCCCGACAAUCGAGUACGACUACACCGUUGAUUUCGACUUGGGCCCGUCAAAGAGACAGUCAUAGCUCGCGUUUACGAGUUGAGCAACAAAAACGCUAACUUCCGGCUUUGCAGGUCAUGUACAUGAGCAUGAGGUAUAUGCAGUCAAUGAAGGCAGAGCAGGUUCAUCAGAUGUACAUAAAGAUCCAUAGCCAAGCUUCGCAUGAUGAACAAUUUUUCGAUCUCCUGCUGCAGCCACUGAUGGUGACAUUGGAUGGACCAUUGGAAGUCUGAGAUGGUCCUCUCAGUCUCUUAAGUUUCACGCCGCAAGUUAUGCG